AGGGCCAGUGCUAGCUGGCCCCACUACUUCGCUCUGUUUUUCUCACCUGGAGAGAAGCCCUGUGUGAUAGAGCCAGGGUGUGAGGGGAAAUGGGGACACAGAGGUCUAUAGUUUAUGGUCUAAGCCACCUCAGUUUAAUUUGGGUUUAUCAAGAUUCUGUUCCGUUCUGUCUAAAUCCGAAUCGGCCCAGGCCUCCAGCUUCCGGAAAUUUGGAUCGCCCCCAGCUCCGCCCCAGCCUCUUCCGGCCCCGCCCCUCCCUUCCAGCGCCGUCGUCAUGACAACCGCGUCCGCUCGCCCACCACGCCCACAAACCCUUAGCGCUCCCAUUGGCUAAAAGUUUGCAACCGGCAGGUCUCCCUCGCUCUCAUUGGUCAGUUGAUAGCGGCAGUGCCAGCCCGCACACUCUUAUUGGCCGACUGAUUGAAAAGGGCGGGGACUAUGGGCAGCAGUUGUGUAGGGGCCUUCGGAUCCCAGCGCCGCACCGAGAGGGGAGGGAGGGGACGUCUCGGGUUAUUUGGAAGGAUAAAGGUGAGGGGGGUGUGAAAGGGGCGAGAAGGCAGCGGAGGUGAGAGGGGAAUGGGUGGGCAAUGCAGACACGAUAUUUGGGGAUUCCCGGGUUGUUUGUCCCGCAGGGCGAUGACCACACCAGCGGGCUCGGGCACUGGCUUCGGCUCUGUGUCCUGGUGGGGCCUGUCCCCGGCGGUUGACCUGCAGGCUGAGAGUCCUCCUGUGGACCCAGACUCACAGGCCGAUACAGAGCACGGGACCCCCGAGCUAAAUGUGCUGCUGUUGGGCUCCGUGGAUGGGCGACACCUGCUACGGACCCUGGCCCGGGCGGCUCUCUGGCCUCGAAGGAGGUUCCGUUUUUAUGUGCUGGAGAAUAAUAUGGAAGCUGUAGCCCGACACAUGCUGAUUUUCAGCCUAGCCCUGGAGGAUCCUGAGAAGAUGGGGUUGCAAGAGAGGAGCGAGGCCUUCCUGGAGGUGUGGGGGAACGCGCUGCUGCGCCCCACUGUGGCCGCCUUCGUGCGCGCCCAGGCCGGCCGCCUGGCUCGCCUCGUCCCGGAGCCCGAUCGCCUGGCGGAGCAGCUGCCCUGGCUCAGCCUGGGCGCCCUCAAGUUCCGCGAGCGCGACGCCCUGGAGGCCGUUUUCCGCUUCUGGGCCGGAGGGGAGAAGGGGCCCGAGGCUUUCCCCAUGAGCCGCCUGUGGGACUCGAGGCUGCGCCACUACCUGGGCUCCCGGUACGACGCCCGGCGCGGUGUCAGCGACUGGGACCUGCACAUGAAGCUGCACGAUCGCGGGGCCCGAGUCAUCCACACCAGUGAGUUCCGGCGCUGGAGGGACACAGGAGUCGCCUUUGAACUCAGAGACUCCAGCGCUUAUCACGUGCCCAACCGGACCCUGGCGUCCGGUCGCCUCCUGAGCCACCGCGGGGAGCGCGUAGCAGCGCGCGGGUACUGGGGGGACAUCGUCACGGGGCCCUUCGUGGCCUUCGGCAUCGAAGCGGACGACGAGACCCUCCUGAGGACCAGCAACGGGCAGCCUAUCAAGACCGCGGGCGAGAUCACGCAGCACAACGUGACAGAGCUGUUCCGAGAGAUGGCCGCCUGGGGGCACCCGAGAGCCGCCCAGGGAGACCCCGCGCAGGUGCAAGGCGACGCGGAUGGAAGCCCGGAGCCUGCAGCCCCUGUCCCGGAAUCCUUCACUGUCCACUUCCUGUCCCUCGGUUCUGCCCAGACCCUCCACCACAAGAGCUGCUACAAGGGACGGUUCCAGCUUCUCUACGUGGCUUGUGGGAUGGUCCAUCUUCUCAGCCCUGAGCUCGGUGCCUGCUUGGCCCCCGGAGGACGCCUCAUUGUAGAAUUAGCCCAGUUCCUAGUGGACCUGCGGCAGGAGCAGCUGCAGGGGUUCUCCACCCGGGUCGGGGAGCUAGCACAGGCGGCUGGAUUCGCCCCACAGCCGGGGGCCAGGCGCUCGCAGACCUUCGCGCGCUUCUACAAGGCCGGAGACUCUGCUCCCAGCCACGAGGACCCAGCUGUGGGAUCUGGGACUCCGCCCCCUGAAGUCCUGGCUCCGCCCCUUGAGGCAACCAACCCUCCUCCCGAGGACCUGACCCAGCCCCUUGAAGGCGGGAUCCCACCCUCUUAACCCCUCAAACGGCCCUCAGGCUUCACUGUUGUAGGCUUUGGUUCCACCCACAGGGAGUCAGACCCCCAAACCAGAGAGUCUGACUGUACCUCCAGAGACCAACUCCCCAAUCCCUAACUUCUAAAGUCGGGUCCUAGAAUCAGAACGCGCCUCUAGAAUACUCAAUUAUACUCCCAGCAUUCUCACUCAGCGCCAGAGGUGUCGCUAGAAUUUCAGAUUCCGUUCCUGGGAUUCUAUAUUUUAUUCCUAGAAUUCUAGAUUGUUCUCUUGAGUUCUACAUUCCACUCCCAAGGCUCUAAAACCAGCCUGGAGAUCCGGCCGUGGGGCUCAGGCCCUCUGCGUGGUCCCCUCAUCCCCAGGCAUCCCAUUCCUAACUAGGGGCUGGGGGUGUCUCCUCUCACAGGCUGGUCAACACUAGGGUGGUCCAAGUAAAGAGAGCCAGAACCUCUUCUCCUUGUGUCCGUGUGUCUUUCCUGCCCUCAGUCUGUCUCCAGGGCUGGGAGAGGGGAGGGGCAGGAGUGUUCAAGAGAGGAGACUCGAGACCAGACUUCUGGGUUCCCAAGAGGGCUAGGGGUGAAUUUCUCCGUGCUGCCUGCUGAGAGCCUGGGCACCCCACACCUGGAUUCUCAAAUAAAUCAGCAAAAUUUAUGGAUUGGCUAACAGGUUUGGGGCACUGAAACUGACCAUAACAUGGUAAAAAAAAGUUCCAGCCCUCAAGGAGAAUUACAAUUUAGUGAGGGGGCGGGGCCUAGACUCCUGGGUCUGAGGGAGGAGGACGUUGGGGUCCGAACUCUUGUGUCAGAGGGAAGAGGGGCUGGGGGCCUGGACUCCUGUGUCAGAAGGAGGAGGGUUUGGGGGGCCUGGACACCCAUCGGGGUCUGAGGAUGGAGAGGUUGGGGGUCUGGACUCCUACGUGGGAAGAGGGAGGGGUUGGAUUCCCAGGCCGCCAAGAUGGAGGGGUGAUCCAGCUGGAGCAUGAGGGCCCGCCCCAGCCCUCACGCGCCCCGUUAUCUCGAAUCCUGGGCAGGGAGAGGAGGGGGCAGCAAUAUAUUUAGUCUCUGUCCUCGCCCUUUA